AUGGACGAUUCUACCGAUUCUGAUGAAGCACAAACCCCUCUAUUAAACAAAGAUGCUUUUACGGAAGAUUCAGAAUAUGAUUCAUUAGGAACAACACCGUUACUUGGGGCGGGACCAUCAUCAUCUGGAGAUGUCCGUGUCGAUAUGCCCAAUGAAGACAAGCCUGCGAGCCCACAUGACCGAUUUCCAAAAGAAAAGACGAAAACGAUACUUUCCUGCAUCUUGGUCGUGUUUUCUGGAUUCCUCAACACUCUAACUUUAUCGUUUGUUCAUGAACUGUUGCCGGAUCAACCGCCUUUACCAGACGUUGGAUUUCGUCACACGACCUACUAUGCUUUGGGGUUGAAUAUAUGUGAAUAUCUGAUGCUGGGCUCGUUUAUAUCAGUUUUGGUCCUCAUCCUUUUUCACAGACAUCGAUGGAUUGUCCUACGUAGGCUUGCUUUUAUUGGUUCGAUUCUCUAUUUGUGUCCGGUGCAUUACGAUGUAUUCAACGAUUGUCCCAAAAGCCGACCCAAAUUACUACUGUUCACCAAAAAUUGGCCAUACAAUAGUGCUAACCAUCUCAGCAUUAUUUAUUGGCGAAUAUACACCACGUCGAUGGAAGAUUGUUCACCUUGCAUCAUGGUUGAUUGCGAUAGCUGGAAUGGGGGCAUUACACAAUCGAUGUCAUUCCUAUCGUAUUUCAUCUGCACACGAGUAUUUUGGUCUUAUCACACGCUAGCUGCUCAUCCAACCCUAAAAACAUCAUCUAACAGUCAUCUAAGAAAAGAAUGGUGGUUCAUUUUCUUUCGUUACAUCGAGGGCAGUGUUGUGAAGCCAAUACCACGAAGAUACGACAUCCCAAUUCCUUUACCUCGGAAGGAGCUAAUGGCGACCAACAUGAAAGAAGAUGUCUACGAAAGUGAAGAGCCACUACAGAGGCCGAUCGGGAUCAAAAGUACUUUCACGAUGAAU